UCCCAAGUCACACCACACUUAAUUAAAUUCGAACUAACUAGCUCGAGAUAAAUUAAGUCGAUUAAUCGACUCAACGUACAACAACACUAAGCCAAUGUCAGGAACGCCAACCAUUUCUCGGCCAUUUUGAGUUUGACUGUCUCACUGCGCUCAAGUUCAACAAUGGCGGACGCAGCUCCAGCCGGUGGACGGGGCGGUUUUCGCGGAGGUUUUGGUUCUCGUGGUGGCGAUAGAGGCCGUGGCGGUCCUCGUGGUCGUGGACGCGGUCGUGGUCGCGGCCGUGGACGUGGCAAGGAAGACCAGAAGGAGUGGGUGCCCGUAACCAAAUUGGGCCGUCUGGUGCGCGAGGGAAAGAUCGACAAACUCGAGAGCAUCUACCUAUUCUCUCUGCCCAUCAAAGAGUUUGAAAUCAUCGACUUCUUCCUCGGCCCCUCUCUCAACGAUGAAGUUCUUAAGAUCAUGCCAGUACAGAAACAGACCCGUGCCGGUCAGCGUACGCGUUUCAAGGCCUUCGUGGCUAUUGGAGACAACAAUGGACACAUUGGUUUGGGCGUGAAGUGCAGCAAGGAAGUCGCCACUGCCAUCCGUGGUGCUAUCAUUCUUGCUAAGCUGUCUGUCCUUCCAGUUCGCAGAGGUUACUGGGGUAACAAGAUCGGCAAGCCCCACACUGUACCUUGCAAGGUCACCGGAAAGUGUGGUUCAGUCACUGUGAGGCUGAUCCCCGCUCCUCGUGGUACUGGUAUUGUGUCGGCUCCUGUGCCCAAGAAGCUGCUUCAGAUGGCUGGUGUCCAAGACUGCUACACCUCAGCACGUGGUUCCACUGGUACUCUUGGAAACUUCGCCAAGGCCACUUAUGCUGCUAUUGCCAAGACCUAUGCCUACUUGACUCCAGACUUGUGGAGGGACAUUCCAUUGACUAAGUCCCCUUACUCAGAGUUCAAGGCUUAAGACAGUUUCAUUAAAACUGUAAUAAAACAAUUUAACACCUUAUCAUCGUCUUUUUCUCUGAAAUUAUUUCCUACUUCCAAAAUACACGGG